CGCGACCCAUCUCACCCGCCGCUUCAAACCGACGAGCCCUUUCCUCUCGCGAAAACCCGCGCUUAUUUUUUUUUUCUCUCUCACCUAAUUUCCGUCCUCCUGCUCGCGUGGUUCGCUUGGGUUUGGAUCCGAGCGCUGCCGAGGCGUGGGGGCUCCGGCCGGCGGAUGCUGUAGAGAAAUGGCGGAGGCCGUCGCGUCUGUGGGUGCGCUCGCCAUGGCGGGCUCGACCUCCGCCGCGCCUGGCCAGGUUUCUGCUAUUCUGGGCUUCCUUUGGGUUUUCACAGCCUGGUCGUAUGCUGAGCUCCUAUUUCAUAGGAAGAAUGCUGCUUCGCUUAAAGCUAGACACUCUGAUGUCAAUUUAGCAGUAAUGGAUAACAGUUCGGUCAAAGGAGAAGAUCAAACAAUGUUAUUGGAGGAGGGUGUCCAAGCAGUAGCUGUGAAACCAGUUUAUGCUUCCUUCACAUCACAAAUGUUCAGACUUUUCUUGAUGGACCAGACGCUUCUUCUGGAGAAUCGUUUGACGCUGAGAGCAAUAUCUGAGUUUGGUGGGUAUCUACUUUAUUUUUACAUAUGUGAUCGUACAAACUUACUCGGAGAGUCUGCUAAGAUCUACAGCCGAGAUCUGUUCCUUUUCCUCUACUUUCUUCUUAUUAUCGUAGCAGCUAUGACUUCCUUUAAGGUCCAUCAAGACAAGUCAGCACUCACAGGAAAAUCUAUAUUAUAUUUGAAUAGGCAUCAAACUGAAGAAUGGAAGGGUUGGAUGCAGGUGUUGUUCUUGAUGUACCACUACUUCAAUGCUAAAGAGAUCUACAAUGCAAUCCGUGUAUUCAUUGCUGCAUAUGUCUGGAUGACUGGAUUUGGUAACUUCUCUUAUUAUUAUGUGAGGAAGGAUUUCAGCCUCGGACGAUUUGCUCAGAUGAUGUGGCGCCUCAAUUUCUUUGUGAUAUUCUGCUGCAUUGUCCUGAAUAAUGACUAUACACUCUAUUAUAUUUGUCCUAUGCACACCCUUUUCACCCUAAUGGUGUAUGGUGCUCUUGGAAUUCUAAACAAAUAUAACGAGAUUAGAUCGGUGAUGGCUAUGAAAUUUGUCGCUUGCUUCUUGGUAGUUAUCCUGGUAUGGGAAGUUCCAGGUGUCUUUAACAUAGUCUGGAGCCCGUUCACAUUUCUUCUUGGCUAUACCGAUCCUUCUAAACCAGAUCUCCCCCGGUUGCAUGAGUGGCAAUUCCGAUCUGGACUGGAUCGCUACAUUUGGAUCGUGGGGAUGAUUUAUGCGUAUUACCAUCCAACUGUUGAGAAGUGGAUGGAGAAGCUGGAAGAAGCGGAAAUGAGAACCAAACUCUAUAUUAAGGCCUCCAUAGUUUCAGUUUCUUUGACGGCUGGUUAUUUGUGGUACGAAUACAUUUAUAAGCUGGAUAAGGUUACCUACAACAAGUACCAUCCCUAUACAUCCUGGAUCCCCAUAACUGUCUACAUCUGCCUACGCAACUUCACUCAAGAAUUCAGGAGCUUCUCUCUCACACUAUUUGCCUGGCUUGGAAAGAUUACACUGGAGACAUACAUAUCUCAGUUCCAUAUCUGGCUUAGAUCAAGGGUGCCCGAUGGCCAACCGAAAUGGCUAUUGUCAAUAAUCCCAAGUUACCCACUGCUCAAUUUCAUGCUCACUACUGCUAUAUAUGUUGCGGUUUCCCAUAGGCUCUUCGAGUUGACUAAUACCUUGAAGAUAGCAUUUGUACCUAGUCGUGACAACAAGCGCCUCUCGUACAAUUUAGUGGCAGGAAUUGCCAUUUCGGUCACACUAUACUGUGUAUCAUUUGCUCUAGUUGGCAUCGCAGGAUAAUAGGAAAUGUAGCUUCCUUUUUUUUCUUCUUUUUUCUGUUCUAGUUGGCGUUAUAGGAUAACGACAAAGCCAGUUCAAUUGUAAGCAAAUUCAACAGGUAUCACGCACGGCCCCGAAACCUGCCAUUCCUUCCACGCAGAGUAAGGUUUUAUCUGGGUUCCUUGGUGAAAGGUAAUUGGACUGUGCAAGAACAGAAGAUCUUGGAGAGUGUAACAUAUUGGUGAACCAACACCAACAGGGGAUAUGAUAAAAAUAGAUAUUUUCCUGUAUAGCCGUUGAAAUGCAUACCGAGUGAGCACGUCGGCUGUAGCAAUCAAUUGCUUUUCCUUAUUCUUGUUUAACGAUUGAAAUAGACAGAAUGGUGAUGAGAACUUCAAUUUCA